UAAUGUUCAUGGCACACCAGAGAAAGCCUAAAAUUCUUGAAUGAUUGACAACAACUCCCCUCAUAUCUCAAUAUUUCCUCUAUAUAAAUGGCGAGAAUUUGCACCUAAGUUAUAAGUGAACCAAAACUGAUCAUUAAAGAAAACUUACAAAUUAAAACUACUACUAGCUUUUUUUGUUCCAAGUUAAAUGGGAGAUACAAGGACAUUGUUGCUUCUAGUGCUGGUACUUUUCUACGCACUAGUGUCCUCUGUUGGUGCCUAUGAAGAGGAAGAAAGUGAGCGAAGGACACUGGGAGAAAAAUGGUUCUUGUUGCGUCACUUGCAUAAUGUAGUGAAAACUGAUGCUGGAUCGAUGAGAAUGGUGAAGGGUGGCUAUCGUAGGGAUUCAUAUCUUCAUAGUCCAAUGCAUAUUGGUUUCAUCUCCAUGGAACCUAAUAGCCUCUUCAUCCCUCAGUAUCUUGAUUCCAAUCUUGUCCUCUUUGUUCACCAUGGGGAAGCAAGAGUUGGCCAUAUCUAUAGGGAUGAAUUAGUAGAAAGGCAUUUGAAGCAUGGAGAUGUGUACACAAUUCCUGCGGGAUCUGCUUUCUAUUUGGAGAAUAGAGCUGAAAACGAGAGACUUCGCAUUAUUUGCAGCAUUGAUAUUACCUCAGAAUCCAUGGGAUGGCAUGCAUUCCAGUCUUUCUUCAUUGGCGGUGGAGUUCAUCCUGCAUCCGUUCUUGCUGGAUUCGAUCAUAAGACAUUAUCAACUGCUCUUAAUGUCUCAACAGCAGAAUCGCGCACGUUCUUGACCAGGCAAUCUUCCGGGCCCAUUGUGCAUUUAUCUGGUUCACAUGACACAAACACUUGGUCCAAAUUCUUGGACCUAGAAUCCCACCAGAAACUAGCUCACUUGAAGAGUAUUGCUAAUUUCCAGGAAGAAGCUAGCCCCAAAGAGAUAGUGGGUCACAAAGCUCCAUCAGCGUACAAUCUCUACAACAGGAAACCUGAUUUCAGGAACGACUAUGGAUGGGGCAAGAAGUUGGAUGAGUCGGAUUAUUCUUCUCUAGGACAAUCCGGCAAUGGUGUUUAUCUUCUCAGUCUGUCUCAGGGAUCCAUGAUGGCACCUCAUGUCAAUCCAACAGCAAUAGUAUAUGGAAUAGUGUUGAAAGGGACUGGCAGGAUCCAAAUUGUGUAUCCAAAUGGGACUUUAGCAAUGAAUGCAAGAGUACGAGAAGGGGACGUCUUUUGGGUGCCACGAUACUUCCCCGUCUGCCAAACUGCUUCCACAAAUGGUCCAUUUCAGAUCCUCGGCUUCACUACAUCAGCCAGGUGGAACCAUCCACAGUUCUUGGUGGGUAGGAACUCAUUGAUGCAGAGCUUGGGAGGGCCAGAAUUUGCAGCUGCAUUUGGAAUUGGAGAGAAAAGGCUUAAAAGAAUUACUAAUGCUCAACAUGAACAAGUCAUUCUGCCAUCAUCAUCAGCUGCUCUUGGUGACUUGGUCUAGUUGAGUUAUGACAUGAAAACUCAAAGCCAGUUUUGGAACUCUUUUUUUUUUUUUUUCUCUUUUCUGUUUUACUUUCAUGCGAUCUGAUUUUGUUUCCUUGGUGGUCUUGUUGCACACAAGACACAUUGCCCUUUUGAGUUGUGAAUAAGAUGGAUUGGUUUUUUGCAA